AUGGGGAAAGCUAGGGAAAACAGUGGUUAUAUGGCUCUAAAGAUCGAUUUGGAGAAAGCAUACGAUAAGCUUGAAUGGAGAUUCAUUAAGGGUAUGUUAAGUAGGUAUAAUUUCCCUGACAACCUCAUCGAGCUCAUAAUGAGUUGCAUAUACUCAGUGUCGACCUCGCUAUUGUUUAAUGGGAGUCUCGAACCUUUCUGGCCUUCAAGAGGCAUAAGCCUCAAGGAAUGGCCAGCUUUCUCCCACCUUCUCUUUGCCGACAAUUUAGUGCUCUUUGCUGAAGCCAAUGCAAAAAACUGUAUUGCUGUCAGGGAGGUUCUUGAUCAUUUUUGCAAUCUCUCCGGUCAAACAAUGAGUGAUGCUAAAUCUAGGGUUUAUUUCUCCCCGAAUAUUGACCAAUAUAGCAAGGAAGCUUUUAGUGACAUUCUUGGUUUCCAUCAGACGGAGUGUUUGGGGAAGUACUUAGGUUUUCCCAUUAAGCACCAAGGAGGCAAUAAUCAGGAUUUUGGCUUUAUGGUGGAUAGAGUGAAGAGCAAGCUUGAGGGCUGGAAAGCUAACUUGUUGAUUCAAGCAUCCAUUUCAGCAAUUCCAACAUAUGUCAUGCAAAGUAAUUUUCUACCUAAUAAGGUAUUGGAAGGUAUUGAUAGGGUCAACAGAAAUUUCUUGUGGGGAUCAGCUGAGAAUAAGAGGAAAAUGCAUUGGAUAGGUUGGAAGAAGGUAACCAGACCUAAAGAAGAAGGGGGGUUAGGGCUUCAAACAGCAAAAGGAAGGAAUACAACAAUCCUCGCUAAGCUAAAUUGGAGAUUCCAUACUGAGGAUAAGGCUCCUUAG